GAAGAGUUUACUUCCGGGCGGGGACCGGCGUGCGGAGGAUGAGCACGCAGCGGGGAAAUGUGUCGCGCACGCGGCCCCAGCGGCACCAGAACGCCCUCGUCUUCCGCAACGACAAGUACGACACGAGCGCCCAGCGUAAGAAAGUUAAUGCAAAGCUCCAUGAAGGGCUAUGUCAACGUUGCAAAGAGGUCUUGGAGUGGCGUGUGAAAUUCAACAAGUACAAACAAUUAACGCAGCCUAAAAAAUGUGUAAAAUGUCUGCAGAAGACUGUGAAAGAUUCAUACCACAUUAUCUGCAAGCCAUGUGCUUGUGAACUAGCAGUAUGUGCAAAGUGUGGAAAGAGAGAAGAAAUUGUGAUUCCGAUCCAGACAAAUCUAGGGAAGACCGAGAACGAGUCUUCCAAAAAUGAUCAAUGGCGGAAUGAAAGAAGGGGUGAGUUUGAGGAUGGCAGUGAGCUUAAUUUAAGUGGCUUGGAGGAGGAUGAUGAUGAAGAUCUGGAUUUACUCAUGAAGCAGGAUAAAACUGAAAGGACAGAACUUCAAUGAUUUCUCCAGAGAAGGUUUUGGUUCAAACUCCAUUUCCAAGCAGAAAACUGAAUUUCCAGAGAAAAGACUGUUGCUUUUUCAUAGUUUUUGGAGCAUAAGCCUCACAGAACUUGAAAUAGUCUGCACAAACUUUAUGAAUAUGUUUUUUUUUUAAUUUCUGAACAAAAUCUACUAGGGAGUUCUGCAGUUGAAUAAACUAUUAUUUGAAAAAACCA